UUCCAAAAGAGUCCAGAGUCUUCAGUAGCAGGUCAGACGCCAUCAGUCCACCCUGCUUCAUCUUCAUCUUCUUCGUGUGUGAGAUCCACUGAAGGAGACAUGUCCAAUCCUCAGAGUCAGGAGGUCAGUGCUGUCCUCAGAGUCACCCGCCUGCCUCUGUUUCGCUCUGCGUUACAGUCGAUGACAUCAGCGUACACAGGGGUCAAAGGUCGUUACCCUCUGCUGGGGCUGAUGGGAGGUGCGGCUGAGGUCAGCGUACGCAACGUGUCCAACAUGGCUAUGAGACAAGCCACGCCCCUCCUGGAGAGUCUGGAGCCACAGAUUGAAGUUGCGAACACGUUAGCGCUGGUUGGUCUCGAGCGUCUGGAGAAAAACUUCCCGAUCCUGAACCAAUCGACCGACGAGGUGGUGGGUCACCUGAAGGACGCCCUCUUCCUGACGUUGGACGACGUGCAGCUGUGGAUGGUGGACAGUCUGGACGUCGUCCUGGAGCAGUUGGAGCGUGUGUCCGAUGCAGCACGGGACGGUGUCCGACUGCUGCAGGAGUCUCCGGUGGGACAAGUCGCUACGUCAGGGCUGGACGACGUGCUGAGUCGCCUGGAGGAGGCCACCUCCUACUACAUGCCCCUCCCACCCACACUGCGUCGUGAGUGGGAGAUGAUGGUGCAGGAGUACGAGGACGAGGACGAGGGCGAGGAGCCGGGACUGUGGACGAGAUUCCGCAGUGUCCUCCUGACUCUCAGUCUGCAGCUCUAUCAUCGCAUGAUGAAGCUCAGGGAGCAGCUGCUGACAGCUGUGAGGACACUGGGGGACACGGCAGACCAGGUGGGUCUGAACAAAGUCCUUGAGCUGGUUGGUGAUUUGCUGAGUAACCUGCAGAGCCUCCUGGUGGCGCUGGUGUAUCAAGCAGAGCAUCUCAGAGAGCUGAGCCUGAAUCAGGUCAAGCGUCAGGCGGCCAUUUUGGUGGAACUGAAGCUGGUUCGUCAGGUCAAAGAUCUGCCAGUCCAGGUCCAACAGCUGCUCCGAGACCUGCAGGAACUGUCCAAGAUCCUGCUGCAGCUGGUGGUCAACGUUACACCUCUCUACAACAUGCUGCAGCAGCCGACAGACCAGGACAUCGAGGACUUCCUCAGCCGGGACGACUUUUCCUUUGACAGUUUGUCUCGACGCAGCUCGGCUAACAGCCUUUUCCUGAAGGCGAUGGACGGCCGUCCUCGCCGCCGCCGGAGUCUCUACUCCCGCACCAGAAGCUCGGGGGGCCUGCAGAGCCCGGAUCCACCCAACGGCCGGCGCUCCAGCCUGAAAGAAGCCGCGGCCCUGGAGGGGGACGAAACGCCCUCCCCUUCCGACAGCAGUGGUGUCUUCGCCCGCCGUCCGUCGGCCACCGAGCUGCUGCUCACGCCACUCAAACAGUUCGUCUCUCAGAGUCAGAAGGCCUUCGAGUACCUGAGCCCCAACUCCCCCGCCGCUGCAACCGCCAACUGAGCCGCGACCCCGCCCUCAUCCGCCGCCUCGUGCCACCGCCACCCCCGGCCCACGACCAAUCACAGCCCACAGUCCCUGCCCCCGACGAUCCACCAUUUCUGUGUGAGCUGGUUUGUGCGUUCACGUUCACCGACAGACGAGUUCACAAGUCAACGUGACAAAGCCCCGCCCACUGACUUUUUCACUCCUUUACUUCACCCAGAGUUUUCAGUCACGUGUUCAUCUUCACUGAUGAGGUGAGACGCGUGAACACAUGAGAGUUUGUGAUUUUCCUGCUUCAUGAAUUAAAGCCUCUGUAUGUGAUUCGAA